UUUAGUUCUUCCUCAACACUAACCAGUAGAUCUUCCUCAUCAGUAACCAGUAGUUCUUCCACAUCACGAACCAGUAGUUCUUUCAAAUCUCUAACCAGUAGUUCUUCCCCAACACUAACCAGUAGUUCUUCCUCAUCACUAACCAGUAGUUCUUCUUCAGCAUUACCAAGCAGUUCUUCCUCAUCAUUAAUCAGUAGUUCCUCCUCAUCGGUAAUCUGUAGUUCUUCGUCAUCAGUAACGAGCACAUCUUCCUCAUCAGCAACCAGUAAUUCUUCAUCAUUAGUAACCAAUAGUUAUUCCUCCUCAGUAACCAGUAGUCCUUACUCAUCAGCAUCCAGUAGUUCUUCUUCCUCAAUAACCAGUAGACCUUCCUCAUCAGUAACCAGUAGUUCUGCCACAUCUCGAAUCAUUAGUUCUUCCAAAUCACUAACCAGUUUUUCUUCCCCAUUACUAACCAGUAGUUCUUCUUCACCAGUAAGCAGUACUUUUUCCUCAUCAAUAAGCAGUAGUUCUUCUCCAUCUGCAAGCAGUAGUUCUUUGCCAUCAGAGAAAAGUAGUUCUUUCUCAACAAUAUCCAGUCGUUCCUCCUCAUCAGUAACUAGUAAUUCUUUCUCAUCACUAACCAGAAAUUCCUCUUCGUCACUAACCAGUAGUUCUUACUCAUCACUUUCAAGUAGUUCUUCCCAAUAUCUAACCAGUAGUUCUUCCCCAUCUCUAACAAGUAGUUCAUUCUCAUCAUUAACUAGUAGUUCCUGCUCAUCUGUAACCAUCAUAUCUUCCUCAUCAGUAACCAGUUAUUCUUCCCAUUCACUAAGCAGUAGUUCUUCCUCAUCAGUAUCCAAUAAUUCUUCUUCAUCAGCAACCAGUACUUCUUCCUCAUUAGUAACCAGUAGUUAUUCCUCAUCAGUAACCAGUAGUCCUUACUUAUCAGCAUCCAGUAGUUCUUCCUCAUCACUAACCAGUAGUUCUUCCUCCUCUCUAACCAGUAGAUCUUCCUCAUCAGUAACCAGUAGUUCUGCCACAUCUCGAAUCAUUAGUGCUUCCAAAUCACUAACCAGUAGUUCUUCCCCAUCACUAACCAGUAGUUCUUCUUCAUCAAUAAGCAGUAGUUCUUUGCCAUCAGAGAAAAGUAGUUUCUCCUCAGCAGUAACCAAUAGUUCUUCCUCAUCAGUAACCAGUAAAUCUUCCUCAUCGCUAACCAAUAGUUCUUCCUCAUAUGUAACCAGUAGUUCUUCUUCUUCAGCAACCAGUAAUUUUUCGUCAUUAGUAACCAGUGGUUCUUCCUCAUCACUGUCCAGUAGUUCCUCCUCAUUAACCGUUAUUUCUCCCUCAUCACUAAGCAGUAGUUCUUCCUCAUCAAUAAGCAGUGGUUCUUCUACAUCUGCAACUAGUAGUUCGUUACCAUCAGAGAAAACAGUAAGUUUUUCAGCAGAAACUUUACCAGCAGUACCACCUCCAGCAGUACCAGCUCCAGCAGUACCAACUCGAGCAGUACCAGCUCCAUUAGCUUCUGUUCCAGUAGUACCAGUUCCUUCACGACCACCUCCAGCAGCAUCAGCUCCACUAGUACCAGCUCCAGCAGUACGAGCUCCAGCAGAAACAGCUCCAGAAGUACCAGCUCCAGAAGUACCAGCUCCAACAGUACAAUGUCUAGCAGUAUCAGUUCUAGUAGUAAAAGUUACUUCACUACCACCUCCAGCAGUACCAGCCCCUGCAAAGUUAGCUGCAGCAGUACUACCUUCAUUGGUAUCAGUUCCAGCGGUAUCAGCUCUAGUAGUACCAGCUCCUUCACUACCAGUUCCAGUAGUGCCAGCUCCAGCCGUACCAGCUCCAGCAGAAUUAGUUCCAUCAGUACCAGUUCCAGCAGUACCAGCUCAAGCAGUAUUUGUUAUAGCAGUAUCAGCUCUAUCAGUAAGAGAUCCGGCACUAAAGGCUCCAGUAGUAUCAACUCCAAGAGUACCAGCUAUAGCAGUUCCACCUCCACCAGCAUUAACUACAGCAGUAUCAGCUCCAGCAGCACCAGCUCCUGUAGAAUCAGUUCCAUCAGUAUCAGCUCCAGCAGUACCAGCUUCAUCGGUUUUAGAUCCAGCUUAA